AUGGACGACGGCGCCGCCGCCGUCCGGUCGGUGUGGGCCGACAACUUCAAGGCAGAGUCUGCCGUCUUCUGCCAGAUCGCGCCGCACGCCACGCACGUCGCGCUGAACGUGCAGUACCCGGGCUGCGUGAUCCGCGGCGACGGCCGGAAGAGCCACUAUGACAUGACCGCCGAGGAGCGGUACCAGGUGAUCCAUGCGAACGUGUCCCUCCUGAAGCCGCUCCAGGUGGGGCUCGCCAUCCGCACCGACGACGGCGGCCGGUUCGCGUGGGAGUUCAACCUGCGCGGGUUCGACGUCGCCUCGGACCUCGACGCGAGGGACCCUGACUCCAUCGCCUACCUCGCCCGCCGCGGGGUCGACUUGGCUUCCCGAGUCCGGGCCCAGGCGUCGUGGGCGACGUUCGCCGGCGCGUACCACGUCGGCUACUUCGCGGCCAUGAUGUCCGGCGAGAAGCUUCCGGACGACGUGGACGAUUUCAUGGAGAUGGUGCGGCAGCUCCUCGGGCCGGCCGUGUACGACGUGAAGCGGCUGGCGAGGCAGCACGACCAGAGGUGCGUCGGCGCGCUGGGCCACAUCGUGAAGCAGCUCGGCGUGGUGCAGCCCAAUGAGCCGAAGCCGACGCCCGCCGGCACAGGUAGCACGCUGGCGCUCCUGGCUUUCGAGACGUUGAAGGAGAAGCUUGGCGCCAACGCGGAGAAGUACCGCGGCCAAUUGUGUGGGCUCCAGGCUGUUUAA